AUGGCUCUAAAGCUGAACCAACUAACCUUUCCAGCAACCCACAAGCUCCCUUCCCAAACGUUCUGGAGAUCUCCCAGCAGAGUCUUCAUGGCUGCCACUCUAGGCUCAACUUCCACCAAAGAGGUUGAGAAUCCAAAGAAGCCCUAUGGCCCUCCACGAGAGGUACAUGUUCAAGUGACUCAUUCAAUGCCUCCGCAAAAGAUGGAGGUUUUUAAAUCCUUGGAGGGUUGGGCUGAGGAUAACAUCUUGGUGCACCUAAAACCUGUUGAGAAAUGUUGGCAACCGCAAGAUUUUCUUCCAGAACCUGAGUCAGAAGGAUUCUAUGACCAAGUCAAGGAAUUGAGGGAAAGAUCAAGGGAACUCUCUGAUGACUAUUUUGUUGUGCUGGUUGGAGAUAUGAUCACUGAAGAAGCCCUUCCCACUUAUCAGACAAUGCUUAACACCCUAGAUGGAGUUCGGGAUGAGACUGGUGCAAGCCUUACAUCUUGGGCAGUCUGGACGAGGGCUUGGACUGCUGAGGAGAAUAGGCAUGGUGACCUUCUCAACAAGUAUCUCUACCUCUCUGGAAGAGUGGACAUGAAGCAAAUUGAGAAGACGAUUCAGUAUCUGAUCGGGUCAGGAAUGGAUCCUAAAACAGAAAACAACCCAUACCUUGGUUUCAUUUACACUUCAUUCCAAGAAAGGGCAACAUUCAUCUCCCAUGGGAACACAGCUAGACUAGCCAAGGAGCAUGGGGACAUGAAAUUGGCCCAGAUAUGUGGCAUCAUUGCUGCUGAUGAAAAACGCCAUGAAACUGCCUACACUAAGAUUGUGGAGAAGCUCUUUGAGAUUGACCCAGAUGGAACUGUCUUGGCUUUGGCAGAUAUGAUGAGGAAAAAAAUCUCCAUGCCAGCCCACUUGAUGUUUGAUGGGAAGGAUGAUAAUCUUUUCGAACACUACUCUGCUGUUGCCCAACGGAUUGAAGUCUACACUGCCAAGGACUAUGCUGAUAUUCUUGAAUUUCUGGUAGGAAGAUGGAAGGUAGAGAAUCUAACAGGUCUUUCUGGUGAUGGGCAUAGAGCUCAGGAUUUCAUAUGUGGAUUGCCUGCAAGAAUUAGAAGGUUGGAAGAGAGGGCUCAGGGAAGGGCCAAGCAGUCAUCCAAUGUGCCAUUCAGCUGGAUUUUUGGAAGAGAACUGAAGGUUUAA